AGCUAUCAAAAAUCUCCAAAAUUAUUCAAAUAUGUUGAUUAAAAAUUCAUAGAAGAAUGUAAAAUUUAGACAAAUCAUCUUUAUCCUAGCUCAAAAGAUAUAACUAUGCGUUAAUAGCUUUGUGAGUCUUUAGUCUAUCUUAAAGUUUGAUUCAAUCAACUUCUUCAUCCCGUGCGGUGUGUGGUAAAAAAAAUUAAAAAUGAAAUCCUUGCAAUUGUUUUUCCUUGCUGUGUGUGUUUUGGGAUGUGCUAAUGCCCAGUUUGGUUUACUAAAUUCUGUUGUUGAAACAGUCCAACCAUUUGCAAAGGAUCUGCUUAAUCUUAUGAUUCCAAAAAUUUUACUUUUGGAAUACAACAAUGUGCCAACAAAAGAAGGAUAUCGUUUUAACUACAAAACAUCAGAUGGCUCCUACCGCGAGGAAGUUGGUAUUCUCUUAAAUCCUGGUACCGAACAGGAGGAACUUGUUGUCAUGGGUGCAUACAGUUAUGUUGAUGGUGAUAUCGAAACAACCACAAUGUACACUGCUGACAAAAAUGGAUACAGACCAAGAGUUGAAAUGAAGAAUCGCGGUGUAUCACCAAAACUUCUUCAAUCCCUAUCGGGUUAAGCCUAUUAAGUUAAGUAUUUAAAUUUUAAUUGAUGUUGAUUAAUUCUCGAGAA